AAGCAGCACGGACAGUGGUAAACAAUCGUUUUUUAAGCCAUUAAAGUGCGCGAUUUGGGCAAAUUCUGACAUGACAUGGCAGUGAAAUCUGCUGCACUUACAUAACCGUCUGUUUAGUACCACAGCGGUUGAUCGCAAAACGUUUAUUUUGGCUAAAGCUCGCAAAUUUAGCUGUCAAAAUCUCGACGUCUCGGUUUCUUUCUUGUUCAUUUUCUGUAGUCUGACUGCAAGAUAGUGUCAGCUGGAGAUUAUUUGGCCGUCUGGUAUUGAAAGGAAAGCAGCAUCAUUAUCGCCAUUUGUUUGAAGCCCACUUUUUUCUCUACGCAUGUUUUGAUGGAGUUUUUAUGCGCUAAAUGACCGUGGUUUCACCUAUGUCCAGCAGCCCUGAUGAGUACAGCCUGACGCACAUGAACAGCUCUAUGGGCACCAGGAGACAGAAAGCAGGGGAUGAUGGGGAACAGAGUCUCAUCGGGCCUCCAUCGUCUGCCACUGGUGGGGAUCGCUUGGACCAACAAGAUCCCUCCACACCGGGGUUCGUCUAUGUGUUGGCGUUUUUCUCUGCGCUGGGAGGAUUUCUCUUCGGGUAUGAUACCGGAGUGGUGUCCGGAGCUAUGCUGCUCCUGAAGAAGGAGAUGAACCUGAGUGCUCUGUGGCAGGAGCUACUGGUUUCCAGUACCGUCGGGGCAGCAGCGCUCUCUGCCCUGAGUGGAGGCUACUUGAAUGGGUGGCUGGGGCGCAGGAUCUGCAUCCUUUUGGCCAGUUUCAUCUUCACCGCUGGGGGCAUUAUCUUGAGUGUAGCCCCGGAUAAGGUGGUUCUUCUUGUGGGCAGAAUCACAGUUGGUGUGGGCAUAGGUAUUGCAUCCAUGACAGUUCCUGUAUACAUUGCCGAAGUUUCCCCUCCUCACAAGAGAGGUCAGCUGGUGAUUAUCAACAACCUCUUUCUCACUGGUGGCCAGUUUAUUGCCAGUGUGAUCGAUGGCGCUUUCAGCUACCUGAAGCACAGUGGCUGGAGGUACAUGCUGGGUUUGUCCGUUGUCCCUGCAGUGCUGCAGUUCGUCGGUUUCUUCUUUCUGCCAGAGAGCCCCCGCUGGCUUCUCCAAAAGGGCCGGAGCCAAGAGGCCCGACAAAUUCUCAGUCGUAUCAGAGGAGGACGGAGCAUUGAGGAGGAGUACGACACUAUCAGAACCACCAUCGAGGAAGAGGAGAAAGAGGCGGGUGGAGGAGCCGUUGUUAUUUUACGGAUCCUCAGCCACAGUCCGACUCGCAGGGCUCUCAUCGUUGGUUGCGGCCUCCAGAUGUUUCAGCAGCUGGCUGGGAUAAACACCGUCAUGUACUACAGUGCAACCAUAAUGCAGAUGGCGGGAGUGCGGGAUGAUAAACAGGCAAUCUGGUUGGCUGCUGCAACGUCUGCCACCAACUUUGUGUUCACCUUGAUCGGGUUCUGGCUGGUGGAUAGAGUGGGCCGCAGGAAGCUGACCCUGGGCAGCCUUUUAGGUACUGGUUUUAGUCUGACUCUGCUGGCUGUCGGGUUCUUGCUGUCUGCUCAGCAUUCUCCACCCAUCACCCUCCAACCAGUCCACUCUCAAAACUCGAGCUGCAGAUUAUAUGGAUCCUGUGAACUCUGCAUGUUGGAUCCGAAAUGUGGAUUUUGUUAUCAGGAAAAUGGCACCACGGUGUCCGACUCCUCCUGCGUUCCUGUCAACCAAGUGUCCACAGAUCACGCCGCCUGGGGAAGGUGUUACAACCAGACAGAGGGAACUGACAGCCCAAUCUGGGCCUACAACUACUGUCCAACAUCCUACUCCUGGGUCGUCCUUGUCGGCCUCAUCCUCUACCUUGCAUUUUUUGCUCCAGGUAUGGGCACCAUGCCUUGGAUAGUGAACUCAGAGAUUUACCCACUGUGGGCCCGCAGUACCGGCAACGCUUGUUCAUCUGGGGUCAACUGGAUCUUCAACGUCCUGGUGUCUCUGACCUUCCUUCAUGUUGCUCAGUAUCUGACCUAUUAUGGGGCGUACUUCAUGUACGCAGGCCUGGUGGUGUUGGCUGUCCUCUUUGUCUAUGGCUGCCUUCCCGAGACUCAGGGCCUGCAGCUGGAGGACAUUGAUAACCUGUUCACAGGUCCGCUCUGCUCCUGUGGGGCUUCCUCCCCCAAUGACAACGGCCACAUCCAGUACAUCCGGGUAAAAGGAAACAACUACCCCUCCUCUGACAAUGAUACCUCUGAUUUAGACUAGACCGGGAGGAUUUUCUCUGUCCUUUGGUUUGGUGACGUGGGGAGGAAAGGCAAUCCUGUCGCCCUCUGGUGGCCUAAAUCAAACAUGAGCAAAAAAAGGCUUGAGCUCUCCAGUGGUCGGCUGUAACGGCCCAUUUCCUCGCUCAUCAUCUCUGUGUUUUUUUCUGUCUGCCUUUGCCUCACCUGGGAGUCGGUCUGCCUUUUAUUUUGUGUGUUCUUGUUUCCCAUCAUUCCCCUCUGUUGUCAUGAACUGGAAUACUAGAGCAAGACUUUUCCAGGAUUAUGGCCAGCAGGUUUCAUUGGAACAGUGCAGCUGGGAUAAUGGAUAUCCCAGAAAAACUUUUAAAAAUGAUGUGCCAAAUCUGAAACUGAGGCAGGUUAUAGUUCUACUAUGGAAAGUCCUUGUUCAACAAACUGAAUGUUAAGAAUAUUGAAGAUGAACUUUGGGGAAUUUCUUUUGUUUUCCCACCUGAUAGCAUUUGAGAAACAAGUCUUUGAUGCUUUUUUCAUUGAGUUCAUAGACCAAGUGACCUAUUUACUGACUCACCGUUUUUAUAGCCAUUCUGUAGCAUCAGUGAUUUUCAUGAUUCCAGUCCAUCUUUUAUAGGCACUGUCAAGACUUCAAAACUGAUAUACCAGCAAGAAUGUGUCUGUAUUUUGGCUUUAAUGAUGCAACGUUUUAAAUUCAUGAAUAUAUCAGAUCCUCAAUGUGGAAAAGACACAAACACUAUCAUUGAUUUGUGUUUUAUUUGGACAUUUGCUCAUCUGUUCAUUCUGUAGAACUCUUUCAUCUCAUUCCUGUUAAAACCACUAACGUGGGUUCGAUCUUUUAAUCUGUGCUGGUGUGAAUCUUAUCAGUUGAUUGUGGGUUGCCGCUAUUGUUUGCACAGUGGGAGAGCUUGCACUUUAUGAAAUUAUAAGGUGUCUUUUUUUACAAAGAGUUUACUAUGCCAGAUUGCUAGAAGAAGUUACUCAAAUCUUCAAUUUUCUAGCAAAGUUUGGAAAUCAGCCCAGCACACGAUGGAAUGGUUGGGUCAGACAGUGGCAUAGCCUAUAUAACUGUAAGUAUCAAGGUACUAAGUGCACCAAUAACUUUUUUUCUGCUAUGCUACAGUAGU